GUCCAACAAAUGCUUACAUUGAAGACAAUCAGUGAUAAUCUACUCUUCAUUUGUCGAUUAAUGUAGUUAUUGUCUACUAUUUGAUUGACAAUUAAUGACCAGUUGAUGACCAGUUGAUGACAACAAUGUUAGUUAAAUAUUUAGUAUUUUGUUGUUUUUUACUGUCGAUGCGUUCAGUGAUGUGCAAGAAAUCAAGAGAUGGUUCAAAACCCGAUUGGGCGAAGAAAGACAUUCGUGAUUAUAAUGAUGCAGAUAUUGAACGGCUUUAUGAUCAAUGGGAAGAAGAUGAAGAACUAUUAGAAAACGAUGAAUUGCCUGAACAUCUUCGCGAAGCACCCAAACUGGACAUGUCUUCAGCCGAUCUUUCAAAUCCUGAGAGUUUGCUUAAAAUAAGCAAAAAAGGAAAAACUUUAAUGACUUUCGUUACCGUCAGAGGAGAUUCUUCACGUGAAGAGACAGAACGUGUAACAGCUUUAUGGCAAACGAGUCUUCAAAAUAGCCAUAUUAUAGCCGAACGCUUCAUAAUUGCCGACAACAGAGCUAUCUUUAUGUUCAAAGACGGCACUCAAGCCUGGGAUGCAAAGGACUUCUUCAUUGAACAAGAGUUGUGUGAAGAAGUGACGAUUGAAAACAAACCAUAUUAUGGAAAGUUUAGCCAUAAAUACACUAAACAAGAACUAUAACAUUG